AUGGGAAGCAAAAGAGAUGCCCCACUUACGGUUACAUUUCCAAUCCCCAGGAAAGCGGCUAGCAAGCUUCGCACGAUGGCAGUUAGCAGAGAUCGGCGCUUGUUGGACCUCGGGGUGCUAGCUGUGCAGAUCAAUGAAGGCGAGAGCAUUGUACUAGGAAUAAAACUAGGGAAGCAAAGAAUAAAGAAAACGGAACUGGCUGCAGCGAAACUACGGGGAAACGCGAGCAGAGGACGAGUAAAGAAGGCAUCUUCUCGUAGGAAUGUAGCGACAAUUCAUCACAUGCCAAAUGAUUUCAACUCGCAAGCGUCGAUUGCUCAUGGGCUGCAAACCAUGCAAGAUUUGAGCUUUGGAAAUGACAUGGCGAAGAGAAAGAGAGUUGUCCGGUCAGAUGGAGAUGUUGCAGAAAAUAAUUUAUUCAAAGACUCAAGCAAAACAUUGAGCAAUCCUCCCAAGAGUUGUAAUCAAUUUCGCCACGUAUCACAUUCCACAACCUCGUCAAUCGCAAGUUCAUUGAGUGCGCAUUCGAGUUCCGCCGAUUUGUCAUCACAUCUGAGUAAGCUCAAGAACAAUUCGCAAGACAAUAGCGGUCUUGCCCCGGAGGAGGGCUUAAUAAACUCUGGAUCAACUAUGCAGAAAACGUUGCAAAAACCGUCUGGUAGUCCAGCUUCGGUUCUAUCGAGAAAAACCAGUGUUGAAAGCCUUGUAUCUCAUGGAGCCGUGUCGUCUCCUGCUAGUCAGAGAACUUACAGCGCCAGUCCAAGCUCAGAUACCAGCAGUACGAGCUCUGAGGAGAAUUUUGAUCUUCAUCAUGAUCAGCUGAUUUAUGACUGUUUUGUUGACAGAAGCAAAUACAGUGCUGCUGACAUACUGAAAGAACUUGCCAAGACUCAUAAAAUUAAGGAGUCGACUGUUUGCACUUCUGUGGUAAGCUUAGAAACACAUUCAUCAACAUCCACUCCUACCAUUGUGAAAUCCAGCUCAAGUGGAAUGCAUCAAAGGAAACAGUCGAGAGCUUUAGAUACCAGUAACAACAGGAGAUCAGUAAUUACUGGAAGUUAUCGUGAACAUCUUAAGAGCAUACGUUGCAAUUCCCUCACAUGUCUGACAGCUACUACUACUACUGUAAGUGCAUCAUUAAAAACACCAGCCUCAAGCAUGGGUGAUCAGACACUUGGCCUUCAAUCUAGGGGUACCAGUAUUGAAAAGCCUCUAACUGCUGAAGACAGAAUUCAGAGUUCCUCAAACCAGCUCCCUGCUUCAGAAGAAAAUAAUUCACAGGCAAGUAACAUCAAAGCAACUUCAAGCACAAUAGCUGGGUAUCAUGGUGGACGCAAGGUGUUGUGGUCAAGCGCUAAUGCCUUUCCAAAAAGUGAUAUUUCUUCUGCCCAUUUUCUCUUUAACAAAUUACCAGCAGACUUUGUUCAGGGUAGUUCAUCAAGCAACAAUAUCAUCUUGUCUUCAAAAGUACACCAAAAAGGUGCUAAAAGUAUUGCAAGAGCAAGUGUGACAAGUGAUGCAGUAACAUGGACUGAUGUUACCAAGUCAGUAUUCACAUGUACAGCAACCUCUGGCAACCUUCACACAUCAAACAAACAACCAGAGUUAGAUCAGUCAUUAAAGGGAAUGAAGACUUCGUCUGAAAGUAAUGUGAUCAACAAAAUGCCGACAGUGUCUACAUUUAAUUCCCAAGUAGUAGCCUCGUUGCCUGCUCAGCGAACAAGCAGUUCUCAUGUUGCAACAACUGCAAAGUCUUCAUUACCAGUAAGCACAAGUACAGCAGUGGUACAGAACCUCACCUUAGGAAGACCGGCAGCUAUACCAACACCAAUUGUUAUUGCGGGUUCUAACACACAAACCACAUGGUCCAAUCAGCAGGUUUCCCCCACAUAUUUUGUUGGAGGCCAGCGUCAAUAUGGAAUUUACUCAGCACUAUGCAAUGCAGAUGUCAAUAACAACCAGCUUGGACAGCAAGCAGUUACUGCAGCUUAUCCACUAAAUUAUGUAUAUCCUCUAAGCCUUGUUUACCCUUUUCUCACAAUGGCUGCUCAAGUAAGUGACCCCAAAAGUUCAGAAAGCAGCGAAAAUGAAAAUAAACGUCUACCAGUGAAUCAAAAUGAUGUGUCUGUAAACAAGACAACAGAAACCAAAACAGAUUCUGACGUUUCGGCAGAGAAAACAACUGUAACCACAGCAGAUUUAAAACCCACCACUAACACUGUGGCUCCCUCUCAGAUGCAAUUCAUUGACCUUGCCAGUUCCAUGAGGUACUGGCAACAGCUCAGUUUGUUGUACCGAAGUAGACUGCAAGCAUUAGCAUCUUGUAACCUGUCAAAUGUCAAGGCACUGAACUUAAAUCCAAAUCAAAUCAACCCAGCCAGGCCGGCAACAACAGUGGACUCCAAGGAAGAUACAAAAAUCUUUGUUGGUGGUGCUUGUGAGAAUGCAGUGAAGUCAAAUCCGGAGGAAAUGCCAUUAUCCAAGCCAGAAAUUUCUCAUGCAAACCCUCCGAAUGAUUCAAAUUCAGAAAAGAUGCACACCGGUGAUUUUUUCGAGGAGAAUUCCUCUUCUGAAAGCUCAAAGCAAAAAGGACUUGAAAGCAAGCUUGAAGAUAAAAAUGAGUUAAACAAUGCAAACACUCAAGAGCCUACAUCUUUUGUAGUUCCAUCGUCGUGUGAAGUUUUUACUGCAAAUGUUACUGAAACAGUGAAAAACUCAGUGAAAGUAGAUAACUGCAAACAGAUGGAGUUUGAUAGUAAUGGGACUGGUAGCAAUUCUGUUUCAUUUAGACCCAGAAAAGAUGGGGUUAGUUUGGCCAAUCCAUCUCAUGAUCAGCUUGGACAGACUAAUGAUGAAAGCCCAGAUGGAUUAGUACAGGAAAGCUUGAAACAAAAUUUCUAUGGAUCACCUCCAAAGUUGAGCUUUAUCCAUGACAGUUCUAUUGCACGUGUGAAUGUUGGCAGCAGUAUUGGAAAUGGUCUUGGGAGCACUGGAAGUAACUCUGGAGUGAGAAAAACAGGUUAGAAUUAUUUUUUUGUAUUCCGCAGAGAUGCAAUUAAUAAUUAUUUUUAUGAAAGGACUCUUGACUAGCUUAGUCACUUUUUUGGUGGGACAAAACAAAAAUCUGUUUGGACUCAUUCAAGAAUGCAUUACGUCUUUCAUGAAAAUUGUGCAUGAUAGUAAUGGGGUUUGGAGGUAGACUAAUUAAUUAUUGCCAUAUAUUCCCUGCAGCAAUGUUAUUUCAAGGACACGACACAUCUCAAUAUGCUCAGGUUUUAUUCAUCUUCAAAAUAAAGGUCGGAACACACUAGGCGACAAUUUGUAGCAACAGAUCACUCCUCAAGUAUCGCUUUAUACUGGAGAAUUUUUGUGAAAAUCUUUGUCUCAGGAACAGAAUUCUGUCUGAUUUUAUAUUUUGCAACAUGUUGCGGUGACAAAAAUUUGUUGCAGAGAAAACGAUUUUCACAAAAGUUCUCCAGUACACACAAAGCGAUUUGUUUCUAUGAUGAGUUGCUGUGACAUGUUGCUACAACUUGUUGUCUAGUGUGUACUGACCUUAAUAGUCUUUGGUAUAAAUUUUGUCUCCACAUCAUGUCUGAUUACAGCUAACACUUCAUUGGACAAGGGCCAAUAUAUUUUUUUCUAUUUUGUUAGACAUAAUGUCUGAUGACUGUUUGUUACUUGCAAAUACAGGUUAUAAUAAUAGUGCACAGCAGAAAAAAUGGUGUCUUAAAAUCUGUUUUAUUAUUUUCCACAUUUUUCCAAUGGACCAUCACCUGGAAUUUAGUUGUAAAACCCAUUUGAUUAUGCUUUGAUUAUACUUUGGAUAUGUAAUGAAAACUUUUGCAUAAUUAUUUAUAAUGUUAUGUUCUAGUCAAAAUCAUUUUGUGUAAGAAAUUUUAUCAAAAUAUUCUAAGCACUGUUUCAUCACAAUGUCAAACACAUCGCAUAAAACUGACUUUUGUUGCCUCCUGCGUUUAGAUUUAAAGUACAUGUAUUGCCUGAACUCGGUGGUGUAUAUGUGCAUAAAAACUUGCUAUUUUCUUUUGAUAUAGACCUAAACUUUUGCCUGUAGUUGUGUAUUAUCUUUUCCAAACCGUGUGAUAACUUGAUAACAUUUUAUCAACAGCUCAAGAUAUAUUUUUUUUAAAAUAUUGUGGGAGUAGUACUCAAACUUUUAUGACUAUGUGCUACUAGACUGGUUAUGGAUACCUCAUUCAGGAAGAAGAUUUUUAAUUUCCAUUUAAUUUAGGCAAUAGGUCAAAACUAAAAGUAAAACAUUACACCUCUACUCACUGGUAGCUGAGGUGUUACUCAAUCAACUGCAAGAAUAAUAUCUUGUCAAAAUUACCACUCUCCAUCACAAUUUUCUUGCUAUUUUUGAGUCAUUUUCAGAGUGGCAAGGGGCCAUAGCUGGGUGAGCAUGUUGCCUUUUGAUUUGCAUGUAUCCCACCAAUAAACAUUCAAGUGAUUGCUGCAACUGAAUAACUUAAAAUUGCUCUGAAGUUUGCAAAAUGUGCAGUGUGAUACAGUGAAUUGCCUUUAACACCUAGAACUUGGUGGAACAAACCCGUCAACCUGCAUGUAUGGUUAGAGAAAAAACACAGUCAGGGCUCGAACUUGGCGGUGGUCUACUAGCCAAAUACCAGUAGAUUUUGAUUUUUGGCUAGUGGAUUUAGCUCAUUUACUAGCCAUCUUGGCUAGUUAAUUUUCGCACCUGUAAACAACAUAAGCCUUGAAAUGUUUUCAACAUUUUCCCAGUUGAUCCGCACCUUCUAGUAACCUCUUAUUUCAUUCCCCCAUUAACAACUGGCAUGAAUAAAAGAAAGAAUAAUAUUUGUUAAUUCGGUUUUCAGUUUUGCGUUUAUUCGCUGCCAUCUUGAAAUUUUGUUUGACCAGGGAGCAUGGGCCAGGCCGUACCCAUGAUGCAAAGCUAGCCAAAAAACAAAUGUACACCAUCUUGAAAUGCAAAUCUACAAUCACAGUCCACGCAUGAUUGUCAUGGAUAUUAGGGCAUUUCUGUUGUCAAAUAAAACAACUAAAGGUCUAAAGAGAGCAAGCGAUGAUUCUGCUGGAGGCAGCACGUCUACAUGUAAAUCUUCAUCAAAACGAAAAUUUGUACGGACCUGGCUGAAAGACUUUCCAUGGCUCACAAACGAUGUUGAAGCAAACCAAAUGUUCUGCAAAUUGUGUAGAGACAAUACAACUUGUGCAGGUGCUGGCUGCUGGACUUUAAACUGCAGACCAGCGCAAGUGCUGUUGGGUUCUUGUUUGUAGAGUUCAGUAAAAUUUAUUAUUGUAUUGUAACUAAACAUACAAGACAAGAUGCAUUUAAAUUUUUCUUAUGUUGCAGUUUUUAUUAACGUUUGAUAACCACAGGAUUUUUGACAAUUUUUUUAAUCUUAUGCUGUACAGAAGUGCCUAGACUACUAGAAACACGUUUAUGGCUAGUAAAGCCCGAGCAUGUACUAGCCAUUUGACUAUUAAGUUCAAAAGUUAAGUUCGAGCCCUGACAGUACUGUUGUGCUCAUAUUCUAAAUAUCUGUAAGGCUUAUAAAGCACUCUUAGAAUUUGAAUUAGUUUAGUUAGAAUAAUGUACAAGGAUAUAAGAGAUUUAGGUCAAAAAAAUUUUAGGUUAAAAAUAACUAUUAUUUUGUUAAACACUUGCCAAUAAGCAUCAAUAUUGCUAGACUCUUGAUGGUUGCAGGUUGUUGUUACUCAAUAACAUGUGUGAUCAUUGUUAUUUAAAUGUAUAGUAAAAUUAAUUUUCUUCUUUUAAUUGAAUAUUACUAUUUUCCACUAGGUUUGGGAACUCAUCUGGACAUGCCUGUUCGUCCUGCAAAAAGGAGAAGGUCUAAGAAGUCCUUAUAAUACUAGCCAAUAUUGCAUACUUGUAUUUGAGUUGGUGUGUGGAUUAAUGUUUUGCUUCAAUAGUCACAGGUCUGCCAUAAUAAUAAAUUUGAAGGGGUGCAUGAAAAAAGGCCCUAAGCGACUUUUGACCCUGGUUCCCCCUGCCCCUCCCCCUGCGCGGGCCCUGACAUAGGGGCUGUCUACAUGACAAUUGAAAUCUGACAGCUAUAUCCGUGGUGAAAUAUUGGUCACUCAUUGUGCAAUAUUUCUUUGAUAGAUAAACACUGCGGUGAAAACAAAAUUCACCUCUUUGCUUGUCGACCACACCCUCCCCCUCCCCCUGCUCCUGCCCCUCAGGUGUCUAGGACUGACAGUUCCAGUUUUUUGCCCAUUAAUGUGGUUAUGGUUGAAUUAACUGAUCUGCUGUGAAUCUUUUACUUGUAAGCCUUGGUGAAGUUGUUCACAAUAACAAAAGACGUCUUUGUUUCAUUCAGGUUUGGAUCAAAAUUUUAAUGUAAAAAUAAAUGAAUGUCACUAUUGACUUUUUUGAUAAAUAAUGUGAAAUUGGAGAGAAAUAGACAGGUUAUGUCUCAUCUCAUCUCUUCCAUAAGUGAAUGUUGUGUCUUCAUGAAAUUUGUGCACAUACUAAGCAAG